CGCUCGGAGCUGCAGGCGGGAUCGUGGUCGUCAGGGCCGGUGGGUGAGCCUAGCGCACCCCGCAGGACCGUGCGGGGCGGGUGAGCCCUGGGCAUCCUGCAGAAGGAGAGGAAUAACAAAAGAGCCUGGAAAGUUGGAGAAGAUAAAGUAUAUUCAGUAUUCAGAUCAGGAGAUUGACAGACCAGGAAAUGCACAAUUUUGAGGAGGAGUUAACGUGCCCCAUCUGCUACAGUAUCUUUGAAGACCCCCGUGUACUGCCAUGCUCUCAUACAUUUUGUAGGAACUGUUUGGAAAAUGUUCUUCAGGCAUCUGGUAACUUUUAUAUAUGGAGACCUCUGCGAAUUCCACUCAAGUGUCCUAACUGCAGAAGUAUUAUUGAAAUUGCAUCGACUGGCAUAGAAUCCUUACCUGUAAACUUUGCAUUAAGAGCAAUUAUUGAAAAGUACCAGCAAGAAGAUCAUCCAGAUGUUGUCACCUGCCCUGAACAUUACAGGCAACCAUUAAAUGUUUAUUGUCUACUAGAUAAAAAAUUAGUUUGUGGCCAUUGUCUUACUAUAGGCCAACAUCAUGGCCAUCCUAUAGAUGACCUUCAGAGUGCCUAUCUUAAAGAAAAGGAUACACCUCAGAAGUUGUUUAAACAGUUAACUGACACACACUGGACAGAUAUCACUCGCCUUAUUGAAAAGCUUGAAGAACAGAAAUGUCAUUCUGAGAAAAUAGUUCAAGGUGAUAAAGAAGUUGUUCUCCAGUAUUUUAAGGAGCUUACUGAUAUAUUAGAACAGAAAAAAAAAUAUUUUUUGUCAGCUCUUUGUGAUGUCAACAAGAUGAUUAAUCAAGAAUACACUCCACAGAUUGAAAGAAUGAAGGAGAUAAGGGAACAACAACUUGAGUUAAUGACAGUGACAACGUCUUUACAAGAUGAAUCUCCACUUAAAUUUCUUGAAAAAAUUGAUGAUGUCCGCCAACGUGUGCAGAUGUUGAAACAGAGACCACUUCCUGAGGUCCAGCCUGUUGAAAUUUAUCCUCGAGUAAGCAAUGUAUUAAAAGAAGAGUGGAGCAGAACAGAAAUUGGACGUAUCAAGAAAGCUGUCAUUCCUGAAAUGAGAAUUUCUUCAAAGAGAACGCCAUGUUCCUGGCCUGAUGAGGAUGAAAAAGAAAUGGAAUUGUUUAAAAUUUUAAACAUCACUAUAGUUUCCCUCAUUUCGGUGAUACUGAUGUUGAUACUCUUUUUCAACCAUCACAUAAUAACCUUCUUAAAUGAAAUCACUUCAAUAUGUUUCUCUGAAGUCUUUCUCUCUUUUUACCAAAGUUUAUGUAAGAACAUAUAUGACUUAAAAAAUACAGUGUGCUACUCUUUAUAUUUGUUUAAGGAAUUUAUGUGGAAAAUAGUUUCUCGUUGAAAACCUAAAAUUUCCAGAUUUAUGUGGGCUUAUUCUGUAUAGCAGAGGCUGUUGAUUGCUAAAUGGAGAAGUCAGGGUGGCAUAGGCCGCACAUGAACUUUCCUUCUGUUACAACAGAUACCCAGAAAUACCAUAAACUUCCCAUGCUUUGGUACAAGUGCAGUCAAAAAUGAGACAUCUGAAAGAUGACUAAAAUCAAGUUAGAAAAUGACAACUUUUGGGUUGAAUAUUAAUACUUUACCCUAUUCUUAUUGACUUAGUAGUCAAUGCUUUAUUCUGAUUAAAAAGUAUUUUUUUAACUGUUAUAUGCUACAGUAGGUAACUUUGCAGUUCUUUGUAUAUGUAGAUAUGAGCUUUUUAAAAAUGACAAAAUCCUUUAGGUCUACAAACCUGUCUUCAUAUGAUUUGAAGCUUUUCAAUAUAUAGAUGGAGGUGAUACAUAAAUGGUUUUAAAAAUUCAGGCCAGGAUUGUCUAAACAUCUUUUUUGGUCAGUCCUAUAAUAAACUUAAGAGCAUUCAUCCCAAGUAGCUCUGCUUGCUGCUUUUGGGUAAAUCAACUGUUUCUAGUAAACUGAGUUUAAUUCAGCCUUGAUAUCAGUGAGGUCUCAAAAACCCACCAAUCACUAGGUUCUAGUGCCAGAGCCCCUGCCUGGACUGCUGGCUCCAGCACCACAGAGCAAACCAAGUACGUAUUUUGGUUUUGUAGUGUUUUAGUCUUUAAAUGAAAACUGUAUGAAACAUGUACAUUAAGACAAUCAUAUUGAUGUAAUUCAUUUAAUAGAUUUGGUAUCAUAUAAACUAUAUUCGUUUUAAAGUGGUCUCACCCUGUAGCUCAAGUACUGGGAUUACAAGUAUGAGCUGUUGCUGUAUCUGUUUUAAGAAGUCAUUGUGUUAGAACCUUUAAUUAUGUUCCCUUAACAUGGACUACCAUGAACUUUGGUAGAACUUUGGCUCACUGCCAUUGAAAUCUCCAACACAAUGCUUUCCAGAAACCCCAGAUGAGGUGCUCUUCAAUUACCACCUAUGGGGACCUUAUUUCAAAUAUAAACUGUCAGAACAAGUUUUAUCACUAAGUAAGUCAUUAUUAAGAUCCAGCCACUUAAUCAGACUCAGAUUUUAUCUAGCACAACGAGGCCAUUUUGAAGAUGUAAUUAAGUGAGGGGAAAUAAUGUUUUGUCAUUGAGUGCUAUUUUUUAAUAUAUUACCAAGUGAAGAAUAUUAGCUAAGACAGUUUUCAAUGGGUUACUAACUUUGCAGAAGUGAGGAAACAAAUGAUGUGCCAGUGUUAGCAGGUGGGAGAGCUCAUUUUUAUGCUUAAAAAAAAUUAGGCUGAUCAAUGUAGUUAGCUGAAACUUCAAUUUCAAACUAAGAAAGCAUAUGCCCAGUCUUAACCUUGUAGGCUUGAUGAUUUUGAGUAUACAACCAUUUUUGUGUUGAUAUUCAGUUUUGUAUUUUUGCCAGGAAGUUGAGGUUAUACAGUUUAAAAGUACAUACAUUUGGGAAUUCUGGGUUUCAUGUAUAACAGUAUAUUUUAAUAAAUGAUAUUUUACUGAA